AUGGUUGAUUAUGGUCAAUUAAAUCAAUUUGAAUAUUUAGAUCACACUGCUGAUAUUAUGUUUGUAUGGGGUGAUAACCUUGGUGUUGCUUUCGAACAGAUGGCAUUGGCAAUGAUGAACUAUAUGGUCGAAUUGGAUUCAGUACAUUUAGAUCAACAUCAAGAAGAUGAAAUUAAAGAACAUACUAUCAAUGUUGAAGAGUUUCUCGUUUUCAAAGAGAUCAAAGUUUUGUCGAUAGAUAAAAUCAACUUUAAGAUCACUGCAACUGGUAAAGGUGUAGAGUUGGAUAAAUCAAAGCAUACUACAGGUACAGAAAUCAAAGCUAUAACCUAUUCAUGUAUGAAGAUUGAAGAGAAACCAGAGAAAACUGAUAUUUAUCUGUUAAGAAAUAAGUUAUUUAACUUUGUUAAUUGGAUACAUUGUAUCGUGUUAAAGAAGCAAUAUAGUUUAAGUUGGCAAUGCAUGAUCAAUGAAUAUCCAGAGUUAUUGAUAGAUUACAGAUUUGAUGAUCGGUAUCUUUAUGAGUAUCUCUCAAAGUUUGGAGAUGCAAAUAAACAUGAACAACCACCUUUCGAUCGGUUAAAGAAUGCUAUGCUGGCUGCGAUCAGACAGAACAGAUUGGAUCUGAUAGAGACGAUCAUCAACAAACAACCAGGCCUUUGGCACUCAGAGAUCAUCACGUUUCAUCAGGCCUACCAAGAAGAGUUGUGUGUAACCGCUGCUGCAUAUGAACGAGAAGACAUUCUAAGGUAUCUAAUUGACAGUGUCGGUGUCAACUCGACUCUGGUUAUGCUUGCCACUCUCAAAAGUACGGUUGCUACCAAUCGUAAUUUAAAUAUUGCUCGACAAUGCUGUAAAUUCAUUGUAUUCGAUGAGUAUAUUAGUAACAUUAUCAUGGCUAUUGCACCGGUUAUCAAGUUGAACGAUUCCGACAUUUUUAUGAUGCUCUACAACUGCAGUGCUUCUAUCAAACCGAUAGCAAUUAAAGGUAUAUUGAAAACUGGCACUCUAGAUCUCUUGAACGUGGUAAAGGAAUUCGAGAAGAAGAGGUUUAGUGAAUUAGUGAUGUCAGUUGGUGAUUGUAUUUCAACUGCAGCCAAAUAUAAUCAAUUGGAAAUACUACAAUAUCUUCUAGAGAAUCAACUUGGUAAAAAGGAGAAUGCCGAUAAAUAUCUAUCGUGUCGUUCUGACACAAAUUUUGAGAUCAUUCAGUGUCUCUAUGAUUACUAUAAAGAUAGUAUAGUUUCAUAUCCACUAUUGAUAUCAAAAGCAAUUGUAUCUGGAAAUGUUCGAGUGUUGGAGUUUCUACUUUCUUUGGGUCGUCUUUCGGAUGACGAGAAAAGCAAAUGUUUUGCAACAAACCCUAUGAACUAUGCAGCAAAGAACAACCAUUUUGAUAUGUUAAAGUGGCUCCACUACAAUCGAAGUGAACCGGUCACUAAAAGUGUAAUGGAAGAAGCGAUACUCAGUAACAAUAUGGCGAUGGUUCAAUUCCUGGUUGAAAAUCGUACUGAAGGUUGUACUAAUAAAGCUAUUCAAUAUGCGUUGGAAGUAAGGAAUUUGGAGUUGGCACAAUAUCUUUUCGAUAAUAUAAGCGGAGUGAAUUGGCAGAUGAGAAACGAUCUCCUUGAGACUCUUUGUUACAACGGUUGUUUGGAUAUCAUUCGAUUCGUACUUGAAUACAUUCCUCUGGAACAUUCAUUCAGUCGUCAAGCAAUGAUAUACUCUGCUGCCAAUGGAUUUCUAGAGAUACUAAAACUUAUACAUCAGUCGCCAAACUCUGGAAGUACCUUCAAAACAAUGGACGCCGCUGCAGCGAACGGUCACCUCGAUAUUGUUGUUUGGUUGAACGAGAAUCGGACAGAGGGUUGUUCAGUUUCGGCGAUUGAUGGUGCCGCUGGAAAAGGUCACCUCGAUGUUGUGAAGUGGCUAUAUUUCAAUCGUUCAGAGGGAUUCAGUUCCACAGGAAUGGAUAAUGCCUUGGCAAAUGGUCAUACCGACGUCCUAGAAUUUCUUUAUGAAAAUAGAACGCAAGAUUGCUCACCAAGAUCAAUACAACUCGCUGCUGAAUACGGACACCUUAAUGUUUUGAAAUGGCUGAUCGCCAAUCAAAGUGAUGAUGAUGUGAACGAUCUUCAGUUUCCUUUAAGAGAACAUGCCAAAAGAGGAGAUUUGGAAGCAAUUAAGUAUCUAUAUGAAAUAGGUAGAGCGAAUAUCGAUCAUUCAACUCUUGAGUUUGCAACUAUUUAUGAUAGAUUCAAUGUAGUGCUUUGGAUACUGGAGAAUCACUUUGUCAAAGUUGACUCAUUGGAUUUUGGUCCGUUUAAUAAUGCUCUAUUGGAUAGUUAUAGAAGUGAUCCAAACAAAACUUUGUUAAAACUAAAAAAGCUUUCAUAUUGUCAAAUCAACAAUAUUCCAAAUAUAAGUUUUUAA